ACGCUAACGGCGGUGGGCGGGCGCAACUAAGAAAAUUAUAAGGUCAUUUGAAUUACGGCUGCUAGUGAGCUUAUCGGCUACAAUGAACCCUGGAAUUAUAUAAAUGAUUGUGACAAUGGACGGAUGAUGACCGUGCUGGCAGAGUCGACGCGCACAGUCGGGCGAUUUUGGAGGAGCAGCAUCCGCGGGUCGCCGAGAUAUUAAACAACAGGAGGGGAUCCCAGUGCGUGUGUCCGCCUGUGUGCGUUUCUGUGAGCCUCUGUCAAGCCAAGCGAGCCGCGGUGAAGAGUGGAGGGGGGCGACCAAGGCUAGCCUUUAAGCCGAUCAAGGUGGAAUCGCACACAACUAGUUUCACGUUUGGGAUUUCUGCGCACCACAUGCUGUGACGGUGUGAACGAGGUGCGAGGAUGAUGCGUCUAGCAUGUUGCACGGCCCUGCUCUUUGUGUUGAGGCUGCUGGUGGGCUUGCCCUGGUACCAAGUUCUUCCUGCCAUCCUGAUCUUUUACCUGGGAAGUGGAGGAUGGAAGUUUCUGCAGAUCUUCGCCAAAACAAUUGGCAGAGACGUACACGCCGCGGGUGUUUUACUGAAGGUGAAGAUGAAUGUCAGACGCCACCUCAAAGAGAAAAACACUAUCCCCAAGAUCUUUGCUGAAACGGUGCAACGGCACGGGGACAAAACGGCACUCAUCUUCGAGGGGACCGGAGAGAAGUGGACUUUCCGACAGCUGGAUGAAUACUCUAACAGAGUGGCUAACUUCCUGCUAGAACGGGGAUUCAGGGAGGGUGACGUGGUGGCCCUUUUCAUGGAGAACAGGUCGCAGUACGUGGGCCUCUGGUUGGGCAUGGCGAAGAUCGGGGUAGAGGCUGCGCUCAUCAACUUCAAUUUGAGACUAGAAGCCCUGGUCCAUUGUGUCACCAUCUCCAACUCCAAGGCCGUGAUUUUUGGUUCGGAGCUGACUGACGCCGUGUCUGAGGUCCACAGUUCAAUGGGGAGAGCGGUGCAGAUGUUCUGCUCCGGAGACUGGGACCCCGCACGCGUCCCACAGGGAACCGAGUGCCUAGACCCCCUGCUGGCCGAUGCCCCUGCCCACCUGCCCAGUCGACCGCAACGCUGCUUCACAGAUCGCCUGUUCUACAUCUACACAUCAGGAACCACUGGGAUGCCGAAAGCCGCUAUUGUUGUGCACAGCAGGUACUACCGCAUGGCAGCUUUGGUGUACUACGGCUUUAGGAUGACAUCAGACGACGUGCUCUACGACUGCCUUCCGCUCUACCACUCUGCAGGAAACAUUGUGGGAGUGGGUCAGUGCUUAAUACACGGCAUGACUGUAGUUAUCCGAAAGAAGUUCUCCGCCUCGCGUUUCUGGGACGACUGCGUGAAAUACAACUGCACCAUUGUGCAGUACAUCGGUGAGAUCUGCCGGUAUUUGCUGAACCAGCCGCUGCGGGACACGGAGCGACAGCAUCGGGUGCGCAUGGCGCUGGGCAACGGCCUGCGCCAGUCCAUAUGGGAGGAGUUCAUGACCCGCUUCAACAUCCCACAGAUUGCGGAGUUUUAUGGAGCCACCGAGUGCAACUGCAGCCUGGGCAACUUUGACAACAAGGUCGGAGCGUGUGGCUUCAACAGUCAGAUACUGCCCUUCAUCUAUCCCAUCAGACUGGUGAGAGUUGACGAAGAGACCAUGGAGCUCAUCAGAGGACCCGAUGGCGUCUGCAUUCCUUGUAAACCCGGCGAGCCUGGCCAGCUGGUCGGCAGGAUCAUUCAGAACGACCCGCUCCGGAGGUUCGAUGGCUACGUCAACGAAUCAGCAACCAGCAAGAAGAUAGCUCAAAACGUGUUCAAGAAGGGAGACAGCGCCUAUCUCUCUGGUGACGUGUUGAUCAUGGAUGAGUGUGGCCACAUGUACUUCAAGGACCGAACAGGAGACACUUUCCGCUGGAAAGGAGAGAACGUCUCAACGACGGAGGUGGAGGGAACUCUGAGCAGGCUGCUGGACAUGAAAGACGUGGUUGUGUAUGGAGUGGAAGUACCAGGAGCGGAGGGAAAGGCUGGCAUGGCAGCCAUCGCUGAUCCAUCUCACUCCUCCAACCUGGAGAAGCUGGUGAAGGACAUGGAGAAGGCUCUUCCUCCGUACGCCAGACCCGUCUUCCUACGCUUCCUGCCUGAGGUCAACAAGACAGGAACGUUUAAGUUUCAGAAGACGGAGCUACGCCGGGAGGGCUUUGAUCCCAGUACGGUGUCAGACAGACUGUACUUCCUGGAUUCCAGCAGAGGGCGCUAUGUGCAGCUGGACGAGGAGAUUUACCGCUCCAUACUGUCAGGGAAACACAAAUUGUGAUGACCAGGCUGAUCACUACACGUACACACGCAGACACAGACACACACUCACACAAAGUAGAAAUUCAGAGGAGAAGACAAUAUUGUGUGCCCAGGAUAGCAGAAAGAUUUUGUCCCAAUAUACACAAAUACGUACAUACACAAAAAAAAAAAAAUAGCCAUACACUCUCAAAGCCCAACAAACACACGCAGCGUACAUAUUGUAUACCCCCCCGCCCCAAACCACUUGGUCCUGUAGAAACCCUGAAAUCUGACUUCUGCACGGCACACUCAUGCAGCACUCCAUCCAUACCCCCCCUCCCCGCAACUCCCCUCCACCCCACCCCACCCAGCGCGACUCCUCUCGCUACCUCAGCAAACACAGAGAGAGGCACAAACCCGGUAACCAGGUCUGUUUGGUGACUCAGAACCGCCCCUCCAUCCUCCACGCGGCCCUCAAACAAACCCCAGCCUGUCACACGCGGCUCCAUCAGACCAAAUGUUUUGCUGGCGAGGAAUGUGGAGGACAGGGCUGCCUAGCAUUAUUCACAAUGCAAAAACUCCAUCCAGCGCAAAUGAUGCUAACGAGGAGCAUGGAUUCAGUACUUUAAGUGUGUGGGGGAACAGACAGACCUGUAUGGACCUAAAGUAUCUCUCUGUUCAUUGUUAUGUUGGUGAGAAUUUUAAUUUUAUUUUAUUUUAUUUUAUUUUAUUUUAUUUUAUUUUAUUUUUUAUUUUUUAUUUUUUUGUGAAAGACUGAAACCUUUGCUGAAGACAUAACCUGCACAAUUAGCCAGUAGCGACGCCCCUGUGAGACGGCUCCGUCCUCAGAAGGAUUUCCUUCGGGCUCUUCUCACUUUCGGACACUUGGCGAGAUGAAAAUGAGGAGUGUUUUGUUUUUUAAAGGAACAGCGGAAGGAACUGAGGGGAGCAUUAGACCGGUGGUUGAAGCUGAGAGUUUUGAAGUGCAAUAGGGCUCCAAAGUUUGCACUGCUGCAAUAAUCAGCCACAUUACACAGGAGCUGAUUCUAAAAAAAAAAAAAAAAAAAGAAAGAAAACAAACAAAAAAAAUAACUUGUAUUUAAAUAUUUCUGCAUCAUACCAAAUAUAUUUAUGUUUUAGAGUUUACAUAUUUUAAGAGAAUAUGAACAUUAUAAUAAUUUAUGUUGUGUAAAAGCUUUUUUUAUUUUAUAUCAUUUUUCUGCUUUAUGUGUGUCCAAAACAUUUGCUCUCGGAGUCCCUCGAACUAAAGCUACUCAAGGCAGUUUUAUAUCAGCUGCUGGAGCACGAAAGUAACGUGAUCAGUGAUCAAUCCCAACCGCUGGGCUAAAUGCACGGGUCCCGUCUCAUGUCCUGAGCCGGUCUGCAGCCUGGUCGCGCGGCCGCAUUGUGCAGGUUUUGUCCCAAAAGGUAGACUUUGCCUAAUCUUACUGUAGGAUGUGUGUAUAUUCUUUCGAAGACAUAUGAAGACCACUUGACUGAAGAGCGCAAAGCACCAAAUCGUGUAUCUCAACAAUAACCUGGUGCUACAAAAGGGAUGCUCUGCCAGUUUUCGAGAGCGCCGAACGAUCCAAAGAUUCGAAGGCGGGAGUCGGGGGGAGGGGGGGUGGGGUCAUCGGAACUGGAGGGGAAAUAGGAAAUGGGGCGGCGGAGGAGGAGAAAACGCACCUUGGCGUUUACGUCGUUGUCUGUCAUUCGCGGUAGCUGUCACCCGAGGCUGUAGCGGCGUGAAUGAGCGUCAUCAACCACGAGCAGAGCACUGUGCCUUACUGUGAGUUCACCUCCCAGAUUCACAGGCCCUGGCCCAAACACAAAGUGUCUCAUAGGUUCCCCCUGCGUUGGAUUCCAUCUUUUACAUCCACUCUUCUCAUUCAGCUUCUGUCCUUUGCGUGAUCUCACUCGUAGCUUCGCGAACCUGGCCCUCAUGGCAGCCCAACAGCUACCGGCACCUUCAUCCUGCCAGGCGCAGGAAGCGUUUUUUUUUUUUUUUUUUUUUGUCUUAGUGGGCAAGAGACCGAAUAUUGGAAGUCAUAGCAUUUCUACAGGUCCUACCCUAGUUUCUUCUUUUCCUUUGACUCUUUUUUCUGGUCCGCGUUUAGUGCUGACUUUAAUUUGUCUUCUAGUUGUCUUAUUUGUCCCUUGGGUUGUCUUGUAGAUAUAUAAGUCGCCCAAGUUUCUGUCUGCUCGGCACUUUUCCUUCAAGCCUUUAUCGUUUUUCUGCCAACCACCUUUCCAUUCAUCCAUCUCCCCUCCUUUCUUCCUCGCUUUUUCCGACCGUGAUUCUCCGCCGUUUCUGUCGGAUGCCGAGCCUCAUUCUGCUUCGUCUCUCUGUGCUCGCGUUACGUCAGAGGACGGUAAGGACGGUCAAUGUUUCUCAACUGGAGCUCGUUAGGGGUUUUUGAGAUGGUUUGAGAUGGGUUCCCGAGGUCUGUUUUGACGACUGCACACUCAGAACAAUUUUCCCGUACCUUUUUUUUUUUCGCUGAUGUGUGUUGUGUGUAGUCUGCCAUUACCCCAUGACUUUGUUUUUCUUACACUGCAACUGACCACAGCCUAAGUCUACUGCACUACAGCAAGGCAGUGUACCAAGUUAUUUGAGGACCGGCUGUAGCGUAGAGGACUUGAAAUAUUUGUGAGUGUUAUGGUGGCCGCGCUUGGGCUACUUUGUUUUCUGCAGACUGAUCCUUAAUGUUUUCUCCGUUCAUACGUUUUGCUGACUGACACCUAUCGAUUCCCUGUUUUGGGAACAAGACCAACAAAGUUGUUUGACAGGACUCGACUUUUUGUUCUUGCUUCCUGUGCGCGUCCAUCUCUCUCUCUCACACUUGUAUUUAUUCUCUAAUGAUGAGUGUGUAUGUAAUGUUUUCAGGAAUGUGUGAUUAAGAGUGACCAAGGAUUAUGUUGUAAAGUGAAGUGCGAUUUGUGUGAGAGAACACAAUGUAAUGGCUGUUAAUGAUGCUUCUGACUGAGGGUUGCGUUUAUCAACCUUGACCACCAGGGGGCGUGUGACUAAACAGCCCCGCAGCAGAGCACUCUGAAGAAGAUGUUUCCAUUUUUUUUUUUUUUUUUUGCAAUGAGUUUAAAUUAUUAUUUUUUUGAAGAGCUGUUAAUUGUACUUUGAUUGUGUCACCGCUGUACGUUUGUGCUUUUUUUCUCCUUUGUGUGGAAUUACAGCUUUUUUUUUUUUUUUUUUUUUUUUGCGUUUUGGUAUAUAAAAAAAAAAGGGGGUGGGGGGGAAUUCAUGCAUGAAUGGAAGACAAUCGAAUGGAUGCUUUUGCGAUUUUAAGGCGCUUGAGGAACCAGCCAGGGAUCUGCCUUUUCAGGAAAAAAAAAAAAAUGGUUGUAGAUGAGCCUGUUUGCCAUGUCCGAGUUAAUAAAUAUCAACGGUCAAAGAGAGAUGUCAAGAAGUUUCCAUGCCAUAAUUUUUCCGAUCUAAUACAUUUAAACCAAAUUGUAACAGACUGAAAUGUUUCAUUUGAAAUAUUACAAUGGGUUAAAACCAAAUGUUUCUUUCUCAGGCAUAUUUUACAUUAUUAUUAGAUGGAUCAAACUAAUUUAACUGCACUAUUCAGUCCAUUGUUAUUAGGACACACAGUGUUCACAGCUCACACUGAGAUGACCAGAGACUCUGAUGAUCGAUCUUGACUGAAAAAUUCGGUUUCGUGGUAUUUAUCGCAGGCCCGUGUGUCUUACUGUACCCCGUUCAUCUUCCUCAGCAAUUCUCACAUUUUUUUUCUUUACUUUUUUUUUGCACUUCUCGUUUGCCCUGUUUCCCACGUUAUGGUUUGUACAUGUCUGCUUACGUGUGUGUGGGAAAAGUUUUCAUUUUAUCUUGUUGUCACGCUGUGCAGGCGGCAGCUCUCAGCCUGUGUAGAGGAGGUGUGUGAGGUGUGCUGUGCGAGUUUAGACACAUACACUGAUGUCCUCUUGUCCACUGAAGGCCGGGUGUAUACAUCAUGCAUUUCAAGAUAAUGAGAUAAUAGCAGUGCUGCGAAUGGAAAAAUCAUUAUUAAUAAAAAUAAACUAUUUAAAUUGUU